AAAAAACUGGCGAUGGAACGAGCAUCGCCACGACUGGGACUACGUUGGGAUCCCUCCUGAACAGGAGGAAACAGCUGGUGCCCAUGCGGCAGCCUCUGGAUAUAAUAUAUAUACCCGUGAUUCGCGGAAAGAACCUCUUGUUGGGACAAAAAAACCUCUCCUCGGAUCUGCUGGUUCCACUCCGUCCAAUCUGCUGCAUGACGAAUUGGAUGAAGUGGAACGUAUCUGUCGUGCACUUUUCCUCACAUCACCAGAAGGAGCAAAGCAACAACUGCAACAGCAGGCCUCUGGCUCUUCAACUGGAACUUGGUGGAACAGUACAACUUCUGGAAAUACUUGGAACAAAAAAAGCAAGAAAAGUAGUAGAGGCUCAGAUGAACAACAUCUUGGAGGAGGUGAAGAUACAGAAGCAGAACAGAAAGAGCGUAGAUUUCAGGAAUUGA